AUUCUUAAUAUUCAAAUUAUAUAUAGAUGUAAGCUCUCAGAAAAAUAGUAAUUGUCUGGUGCUGAAUCAACCAAUUCAGGUCGAUUUCUUUUAUUGAUCUAUAACAUUUUUGACUGCCUCUCAUCACUGAUGAAGCGUCUCACAAAGCAGGCCUUCUCUUUUGUUACCACAAUUGGUUUGUUGGCAUCUGGACCCUUCAUAAUAAAGGCAUACCUCUCUUCUGAUAAUUUAGUUUCAAGUUGAACCAGCAGGUGGCGCCAAAAAGCCGUGCAUUAAUAAGCAUUGUGAAAGUGGCAUUCGUCUCAUUCAUUCGUUUCAUUCUGUGUAAGCAAGGACAGCAACAACAUGUCACCUCUAUCUGUACUUAGAGUGGCUCGCCGGAGUUUGGGGACGUUAACAUUAACAUCCAUAUUCGCAAGACAACAAUCCUCACUUACGACUGAACUAAUCGAAAACAUGGACAAGAAAGCAACCUGGGAUCGGUUCUACACAGAGAACAGCAGCAGCAACUUCAAGAACUUUGAGUGGUUCUUCGGUUUCGACUCGGUCCGGGACUUCGUCCUGCCCCUCUUACAGCCCCAGACCCGCACUGCCACCCCGCUCCACGUCCUGGACAUGGGCUGUGGGACCUCUGCUCUGGGACCCAGCAUCUACCAACACUCCUCCGUCCAGGUGACCGUCACCUGUGCCGAUAUAUCCCCGAUCGCUGUGCGUCUAAUGCGGGAACACGUCGCAGCCAAAGCCAUCGAGCCCCAUCAUCCACUCUCCAUGCUCGGGUUCCUGGAGCUCGACUGCAGGGAGAUGUUUGCACACUUCGGGGCGGACGGGUUGGACCUCAUUGUGGACAAGGGCACGACCGAUGCCCUGUUGCGGUCGAAGGACGGCAGUGGGAAGGCGGGUCACGUGGUGCGGCAGUGCCUGAGGACGCUGCGGGGCUCCGGGCGCCUGCUCCAGUUCUCGGACGAAGACCCCGAUGCCCGGCUGCUGUGGCUGGAGACAGAGGGGCGGGAACCCGGGGAGAGGCCGGCGCAGGUCGCGGUGCAGGAGGUGGGGGAGCUCCGCGGCGUGCGUUAUUAUUGCUAUCAAGUCACUUCGCCCCCUGUCGCUGAAUUACUGUAAUGGUUUGUACAGUUUCUUCGUAAUAAUGAUAUCUUGAUGGGUCGUGAGCAGUGGCGGCUGGCGAUCCAACAUGUUGGUGGGGCACAGUAAUAGACAGGGGGUCUGAGGCCCCCCCCCCUUUUUUUAUUUUUUUAUUUAAUAGAUAUGAUUUGCUGUUUCUGGUGCAUUUUGGGGAUGGCCACUAUCUAUUUACCUACUUUUCAUUCAGAUUCAUAGCCUACACAUCCUACAUCCUGCGUGUCGCUAGACAACGUCCCGAGGACGGUUGGAUAAUAAAACGCUAAGGGCCCUUACAUAGUCGACGCGAGCGACGCGCGUAAACGACGUGAGUGACGUGAGCGUCGCGCUUCCUUUCAUAGUCUACACAGCAUACGCGAACGUCGCGGGCAAUGCAUGACAUGCAAUACACCACUCACGCCAUGGGUGGCAGCAGAGUCACCGGUGUUUUCGCGGGGGACGUUCCAGGUGACGUUCCGAUCAAAGUGGCUACGGAAGAAGAGUGAUGAAGCGCAGAGAUAGGCGGUGGUAUGUGCGCCCUUUAAAUACCACACAAGAUCAUGAUGGGGAAUUUGUUUCUCUGGUGCUUCCAAUGCGAAGCAUGGACGAGGAGAGGCAUUUCCAGUAUUUUCGGAUGUCGGCGCCAAAGUUUGAUGAUCUCCUUUCGCGAGUCAUCCGAUAUCUUCCCGACUCACCAAAACCGGCCCUUGUCAGGGAGCAGCUGGCAGAUUAUUUUUUGUCAGAUGCUGGCGUGUUUCCCCACCAGUACAAUGUGCUACGAUUGGGUAUGCGCACUGACCAAUAAAUGUAUAUACAUUGGUCAUCAUGUUACACAAGUUACCUAAUUUGGUUUACGUCAAACUCAUUAAUUCAUAUCCAUAUAAAAUGUUUAUACAACAAGCUAUUGCCUUGACAGAUGAAUGAAUUAUUUAAGUGUAGGCCUACAGCCAAAGGCUUUAAGCUAUAGCGCAUAAUGUCCACAGAAAUUAUAUGGUAGGCAACAUUAUUAGAGAAAAGGGGUUUAUUUAUCAAAUACAGAAAAUAGUCCCACCAUACACGCACACAUUUUUCAUUCACUACACACUCACGCUUUCAAAUUUCAUUCACUCAAAGAAGCUACUGAACUUAUGUUUCACACAGAACAUGAACAUUUAUGUUUCACAUAGAACGUGAACACAAAACAUUACGUAAUUAAUUCAAAUAGGCUAAUUCUAAAACAAAUAAGGCCAGCAAUAGAACGAAUAUCGGGUGACAAGAAGAUCAUUAAAAUGGCUCACAAUCCCGCAUCAGCUGUCUGUCGCGCAUCAAAAUAGCACUUUGACCCUGUGGAAGGGUUCGCAUAAAUUGGCACAGAUAAUUAGUAAAAGAGACGUCAAGUCAUUCUUAUCACGUUCCCGCAUCCUCUCAUAUGUUCUUCUGUAAAUAUAACCUAUAGUAGUAAUAAUGUACAAUAUUUGCAGUAUCGCCCCCACCGACAACGCUUGGUAUUGCAUGGAUCGGCGCGUCGCGUAUCAAAAAUUUGGAGGACGCGUUUUGCCACGCUUCGACGCUUAAUGACGGCCGAAGCGUCGCGUCGCGUAGCCUUUUGGACGCGUAAGCGUAGCGUUGCGUCGACUAUGUAAGGGCCCUAAGGGUUGAUAUUGAUCAAAUAAAACAUAGGGGGUAACACUGUCGUUUUACUUUGGUCGUCAUGAAAAAAAACACUAGGGGUAACACUGUCGUUUUUUAUUGUUCGUCAUGAAAAAAAACACAAGGGGUAACACUGUUGUUUUUUAUUGGUCGUCAUGAAAAAAAACAUAAGGGGUAACACUGUUGUUUUUGUCAAAUAAAAUAUAAGUGGUAACACUGUCGUUUUUUAUCAGUCGUCAUGAAAUAAACAUAAGGGUUGAUAUUUAUCAAAUAAAACAUAGGGGGUAACUGUUGUUUUACUUUGGUCGUCAUGAAAAAAAACACUAGGGGUAACACUGUCGUUUUUUAUUGGUCGUCAUGAAAAAAAACAUAAGG